AAAAAAAAAAUACAUCAAUGGACAGUGUCCAAAUUCUGAAAUCUCAAUUUACAAUUUGUGUUCAGUUAUAAGUGUACCGUGUUUUCGACUUGUGUACUAAACAGUGAAUGAGAAGUUUUCUUCAAGUCUGUAUUGUGGUGAUUGGAUGUCAUUGUUCGCAAUUUGUUGCCGCCGUGUUGUAGUGGAAAUCUGGUGUGUAAAUAAGUGAAUCACUGUGUCAGUAUCUAGGUACAAUCAGAUAAUUUGUUGCUUCCUGAGGAAACGUCGUACGAACUGGAUUAAAGUUGAAUAACGAGGAAAGUUUAAACAAGUAUUGAAUGCCUAUUGUGAGAGUUUGCAAACAUCGGUUUUGUUAUGGAGUCGUGUUUACACCACUGAAGCAGAUAUGUUGACGGCAGGAGUUCUGGUGUUCCUGGCUGCAUCGGUCUCAGCCCUACUGGAAGGACCUAACGUUUGUACUAAGCAGGAAUCAUACACAACAGUAAUACGAGUAUCCGCACAGCAGCCGUAUCAAGUGAAGGAGUACGCUUGGUGUUUCAAUGUGCCCCCACGAUGUUCAAAAUAUAAUAUAAAAUUCAAGCAAGUAUUUAAAACACAAAAGCUGAUAAAGCAGCGUCCUAUAGAGCAAUGCUGUGAUGGCUACGCUCCGGAUCCUGAGGGGAGGCAGUGCGUGCCCGUGUGCGUGGAGGCCUGUGUUCACGGGAAAUGUGUGGCCCCCAACACUUGUGCGUGUGCGCACCGCUACGGAGGGCCCGCCUGUGAUAUAUCAUGCCCUGACGGUAAGUGGGGUAGGAAUUGUCAGAACGAAUGUCGUUGCAUGCACGGCGGUUCAUGCGAGCCGCUAACAGGCGACUGUGCAUGCGCAGUCGGCUGGUGGGGAGAUGCUUGCGAGAAAGCCUGUGCACCUCCAACAUUUGGUCAAAACUGUGAACAGAUCUGUGCCUGUAAGAACAAUGGCACCUGCGAUCCCGCUAGCGGCGCCUGUACUUGUCCACGCGAAUUCACCGGACCUUUAUGUGAGAAGGAGUGUCCCAAAAACGACAUAUGUCCGUUAUCCUGUCUUUGUCAAAACGACGCUAAAUGCAACCUGUUCACCGGCGACUGCGAGUGUACUCCCGGCUGGACCGGUGAAGUAUGCGCCAAUAAAUGUCCAGCCGGUCGCUGGGGAGAUAAAUGUAGCAGGACCUGCGAGUGUUGGAACGGCGCUAGCUGUCAUCACGUGACCGGUCAAUGUCAAUGUGAAGCUGGGUUUACUGGGGACAAGUGUCUAGAGUCCUGUCCACUGGGUACAUACGGUGUGUCAUGUGCUGGCGUGUGUAAGUGUCAACACGGGGGCGAGUGUUCGCCCAAGGACGGUUCGUGCACCUGCAAACCGGGCUGGCAGGGCGACCGAUGUGAGAGGCGAGCGUGUCCGAACGGUCUGUGGGGCCCGCGCUGUGAUAAGACCUGCGAGUGUAAUCCCACAACUACUGAUAUGUGUGAUCCCUGGACGGGUGCGUGUGAGUGCGCCGCGGGGUGGGCGGGCGAGUCGUGCGCUCGACAGUGCCCUCUACUAACGUACGGCAAGGGCUGUCGAUCGUCCUGUCGCUGUGAAAACAGUGGACACUGCUCACCCGUUAAUGGUUCAUGUCUGUGUGCGCCGGGUUACCGUGGUCUGCGGUGCGAAGAGCCCUGUCCCUACCCGUUCUAUGGUGAUAACUGUGCCGACACGUGCGACUGUCGCAACAACGCUUCGUGCUCACACGAGACCGGCCAAUGUGACUGCAAACCGGGUUUCGAUGGUUUGAAAUGUGAUCGGCCGUGCGACGGGAAGACAUUCGGCUUGAGGUGUCGUCAGCCGUGUAACUGCGAGAACGACGCUCCUUGUAAUCCCAUAAACGGUGAGUGUGUAUGCGGGCCGGGCUAUGAAGGUCCUCGUUGUGAGCGUCGUUGCCGCGCCGGUUACUACGGACAGAACUGUUCUUUUCCGUGCGACUGUACUGAGAACGCGGUCGGAUGUCAUCACGUUACCGGAGCCUGUGUCUGCGAGAGCAGCUGGAGAGGUAUCCGCUGCGAGACUCAAUGCGAGGCUGGGCAGUACGGUGUGCAGUGCAGCGAGAAGUGUCCCUGCGCCAACAACUCGUCCUGUGACGCGGAGAGCGGACGGUGUGAGUGCGCCCCGGGCUGGAGGGGCGAGCGCUGCGACGUACCCUGCGAGCCCGGCACGUACGGCGCCGCCUGUAAACAGCUGUGUCCUCAUCAUCCGCUAGGUAAUGUGACGUGUAACCCUACCACCGGCGAGUACAGCUGUGCUAGCGGGUACACGGGUGUGUCCUGUGAGUAUCCGUGUCCGCUGGGCACGUACGGCGAGGGAUGUCAACAAAAAUGCAACUGUAAGAACGGAGCCGACUGCCAUCAUGUCACUGGCGAGUGUCAGUGCCUGCCGGGUUGGCGCGGGUCCCUGUGCGGCGAGGCUUGUCCCCCGGGUUGGUGGGGCGCGGGCUGUUCCCAGCCGUGCCGGUGCGCGCGUGGCGCCGCCUGUCGGCCCAACGACGGAUACUGCAGGUGCCCGCCCGGAUACACCGGCAACUAUUGUACACAGUUCUGUCCCGAGGGCUACUUCGGCGAUCACUGCAUGGAAGCAUGUAAUUGUUCGUCUCACGGCAACUGGGUCUGCGAGCCGGUCAGAGGCUGUGUGUGUCACCGGGGCUUCGUAGGAGAGAACUGUGACUUGAGAGCAAGCGACGCCAUAGUUAUAGAUCAAGCUAGAGGUAGCUCAAAUGCUGGUUUAACAGCUGUUAUGUUGGUAGCUGUGAUAGCUUGCGGUGCUGCAGCUGUGCUCGUGCUGUUGUACUACAGAAGAAGGGUGCGCUCGCUCAAAAGAGAGAUAGCUCACGUUCACUACACCGCCGACCCCAACACUCAGCCCGAUCAACAACACUUCGACAACCCGGUGUACUCGUUCCAGAAUUCAACGCGUAGCGACGAUUCAACGACAUUAUUAAACAACUCAACAAUAUUCAACAAUCUGGAUAAUAGCAGCAAAAUUAGUAACGCGGCGUUAGAGAAACUAAGAAUGACCGCCUCCAGCUCUAAUGGAACCUACGAUCCCUUCUCGUCUAUAAAGAACAAGGACGCUGAUAUGACCAAUCCUAAUUUGUAUCACUGUAUCGAGGACGACAAUAAAUUAGACCACGUGUACGAUGAGAUCAAACACAAGGAGGGAUACGAAAUGGAGUACGAUCAUCUGAAUUACACCCCUCCUGCGAACACGUGGAAGCCUCACUACGUUCGUAUGAAUGGUUCCAUUGGGGGUGGUCAGGCUUCGACUCCCCCUAUACCGCCAUUACCGAAACUUCACACUGCUGUCCCUAUAGUCCCGGGCUCCCAAGUCCAAGGCCCUCUGGAGCCUGGGGAGCCCUCAGUACUGAGUGACAACGAGGCCCCACCCCCACCCCCCACAAGAGAGGAGCCUCACGAACAACCUCUAUAGAUACUAGCUAAUAAAUUUGUACGGUUCUAGAAUGUUCGGUGCUAAUGUUGAAAGAUGAUAAAUAUAAUCAGUUAAACAUUAGCACCCUAACACGUGAUGGUAACGCGGUAGUUGACCGGUUGAAUUAUUAAUAGUACUAAAAUUGUUUCCGACGUUGGCAAUAAAAUUGAUAAUAAUAUUUUUUGAUGAUAUAUUGGCGAUAUAUGAUAUUUUUGGUACGUAAUUUUUUGCUCCCGUGUCAGUGGUUGUUAUAUACAGAGAUCUCUGUCUUAAUGGUAUUUUGAAAGUUAUUAUAAUUUUAAGAUAUUUCUCAUUGAUGAGAUUCAUUUGGAUGUACAAAUGGUUCGAAUAAAUUUUAGACUUGUAUAUCGUUGCAGUGUUUAUUCGUAUAUUAAUAUGUGUAUAGUGUUUAAGGUGAAAUGUUUGAAAAUAUUACGUUAAUUUUAUAAGUAUUAUUUAAUUUCAAACGUAAUUACUUUUAUUAGUCUUCUAAUGAAAUUUAGUAAUUGACUAUUUUUAUAAAAAAAAUAGGUUAGAAUCUAUAAAGUGUGAACAUAAGACAAUUCUUUGAAUCAAAUAAUGUUUCAUAGAUUUCAAAUUCGAGAACUAAGUCCUACAUAAAAUUAACUCAGUAGUAUAGCAAUUUCACUGUAAUGUAUUACUUAUGUAGCAUACACUUAGUUUGUACAAAUUACUUGCCCCUUUUUGUUAUGUAAUAUAUAUAUUUUUUGUAUUAUAAUUUGAUCCAGAGUUUAAUAUUCGAGUAUUUCAUUAUGAGUGGACGCAAUCAAGUCACAUUCCAAGAUACGAAUGUUCAGUGUUCAGUCAUAGUCGUUCAUAGCAAAUAUUUUUAAAUCAAUAUUUUUGGAUUUUAAGUGUUUUGUAAUGUAUAGAUUCUAUGUUUUUGUAAUGCUAAACAAUUUCUUAACUUUUAAGUGGGUCAUUUAAAUCAUUUUAUAUAUAUAAUUUAUCAUCUGAUAUUUAAAGAAUUUGUAUAUUUCAUAUCAAUUGUACAUUUAUUCAUAGUAUAAAUUACUUUAUAUUAUUUUGUUACUAUGUCACGACAUAUAAAGAGUUGGUUUCGUAUAUACGUAUUAAUUAUAUAACAAUAUUUUUUUUAUCAAAAUAAUUAUAGCGUAUUAUAAAAUAUAAAGUAUCCGAUUAGUAGGGAGGCCUAUUUUUAAAUGUUGAGUGAAUUUGCUCAAUGUAUGUGCCAAAAAAGUUAAAAAAAACUCAAUUAUCCUUAUAUAUAUAUAUGAAAAUAUAAAAACGCUUAUGAUUGUUAAAUCAAUUGAAAUGUAUUCUAAAUUUGAUUAUAUACAAUUUUAAAUCGUCAUAUAAUUUAUAUUGUGUUUUUUUUUUAUUUUAUCAGAUAUAAAGUUGUUAAUUUUUUUUUAACUACUCAAAUGUCUCAUACGGCAGCUCAACCAGCAUCUUUCAUAUAUAAAAAUCUAUUUAAAUGUACUUUCUUAAAUAAAUACGUUCAGCGUGAUGUUUUAUUAUGUACAUGAAUGAAUUGAAAUAAUAUUCACAAAUGGUAUUAAAAAAGCAAUAAUUACUUGUGCUCUACAAGCCUUUACUUUGUAAAUAGUGUAUGAAAAAAGCCUUGCAAAUUUAUCAUCUGUUAUUAAUGUAUGACUUCGACCUUGGCUCAUUAUAAUAGACUAUUGUAAAAUUUUAAUUGUAGAUAUUAGACAUUGGCUGUAUGAUCUACACCUUCGGUUGUUACGUCAUUAAUAAAUUAGAAUAUAAACUUAAUUCUUAUGAAAAUUUACACAUAUCUUUCAUAUUGUACUAAGCUUUAAUGUGUUCGUCACACUUAAUAAAAAGUUAUACAUUUUCACAGCAGCGUCGUCUGAACUUUGCUGUUUAUUCGUUUGUGAUAUAAAAUUUUUGUAUGUAUAAUAAAUUUAAUGAUAAUCAAA